UUAAAAAAAAAAAAAUUCAUUCCAGAAAAAGGGAAACAAGAAAAUAAGUAAAUAAACAAGAAAAUUACAUUGCAAGUCAUCUUUGAAGAGACAGAUAAUCAACUGUUUAUCUUAGGCCUCUCUCUGUUCCGAUGAAGACAGAGGGAUCCUCUCUUAUCAUGAAAUUUAUCAGUUGCCGUCGUUCUUCCACGGUAAAUUGAAAGAGUCGGAUUUUUAUUUCAUCAAUCUCGAUGCCACGAUCAACGGCUCCUCUUUUCUGCUUCUUUAUCGAUUCGUUGAUGGGGAUUUUGUCUCGUUUGAAUAUAGGUCUUGUUCCUUGCUGGUGUUUGAUUGUGAUAAGAGAGAAAAAACUGAGCGAGAAGGACGCGGACACUUCUUCUUCCUCGGCCUUGUCAUGGUUUGAGACAGAUUCUCUCUGGUUCGCUUCUUUGUCGACUCGGUCAUGGAGGAUUCUGCUUCCGUUGAAUAUUGAUCUUGUUCUUUGUUGGUGUUUGAUAGUGUUGAGAGAGAAAAGAAGAGCAAGAAGGACGCGGAGACUUCUUCUUCCUCGGCUUUAUCAUGUUGGGUUUGGGAGGUUUGAUAGUGUUGAGAGAGAGAAAAGAAAGAGCGAGAAGGACGCGGAGACUUCUUCUUCCUCGGCAUUAUCAUGGUUUGAGACAGAUUCUCUCUGGUUCGCUUCUUUGUCGACUCGGUCAUGGAGGAUUCUGCUUCAUUUGAAUAUGGAUCUUGUUCUUUGCUGUUGGGUUUGGGAGGUUGGCCAUAGAGAGUGA